UUCUUCUUUCUUUCUCUGAAAAAAGAAAGAAAAUGAAAAAAAACCCAAGUUGAUGCUAAUAAAUAAUGAUUAGAAUUGAGAAAUGACUUCGAUUAGAUUGUAUGUGGUUGUUUUCCUCACGGCUAAGAUGGUGCUAUUUUGUGUUGUGGAUGAGGUGACUCGUUAUUUGGAGGAACGGUGGGGUUUGUCCGGCACCUUUUGAUGAUAAACUUGGUCGGAAACUCCACCAAUGUCUUCUGAAUCACCUUCUCCAACAGGUUCUCCGCCUUCCCCACCAUCGAAUUCUCCACCUCCACCACCACCACCAGCGCCAGCACCACCACCAGCAACACCCCCACCACCAGCAACACCCCCACCAUCAACAUCACCCCCACCAAAAUCAUCACCGCCACCAUCUUCACCACCUCCUCCACCGCCCACUUCUUCUCCACCACCAAAAGAAUCUCCUCCACCAUCACCGUCACCACCGCCGCCAUCGCCAACUGCCCCUCCGCCUGAUAAUACGCCUUCCGCACCACCCCCACAAAAUUCAAACACUAGUCCUCCUCCCCCACCUUCAAAUAACAAUGGUUCAUCAACACCACCUUCAUCUUCGCCUCCUCCGCCACCACCACCACCUCCUUCACAGGGAAAUUCUUCUCGGUCACCUCCUCCUCCGCCACGACAACUCUCACCACCACACAAGCCGCCACCGCCGCCUAAAAGCUCUUCAACUUCUUCUGACGCAGUGGGGUCCGAGGAUUCUUCUUCGUCCAAGCUGCCUAUCAUAAUUGGAGUUGCGGUCGGGGCAGGGUUGUUGCUUUUAGUAAUGCUUCUGCUCUUCUUGGUAUGCAGAAGAAGGAAGAAGAAGGAGGAGGAGGAUCAGAUUCAGUACUACCCUUCUUCUCACCCAUCCAAAGGUCAUGAAUAUUACAACGGUCCACCUUCACCAUGGACCAACGGAUCCAAACCUAGCGACCACGUUGUUAACAUAACUCCGCCUCCGUCAAGCCAUAGAAAUUGGCCAUCGCCGCCUCCCCCGCCACCCCCGGCAUUCAAUAAUAGUAGUGAGAUGAGUUCUUCCAACUUCUCUGGUCCCCAACGUCCAGCAUUGCCACCCCCACACCCUUCUGUGGCUCUUGGAUUCAGCCAGAGCAACUUCUCCUAUGAUGAGCUAGCAGUUGCAACCGGGGGCUUCACUGCGGCUAACCUAUUAGGUCAAGGAGGAUUUGGUUACGUGCAUAAAGGGGUAUUACCAAAUGGGAAAGAGAUCGCGGUCAAGAGUCUCAAAUCGGGUAGUGGACAAGGAGAGCGAGAGUUUCAAGCCGAGGUUGAGAUUAUUAGCCGUGUCCAUCAUCGCCACCUUGUGUCACUUGUUGGGUAUUGCAUUUCUGGAGGAAGAAAGAUGUUGGUUUAUGAAUUUGUUCCCAAUGGCAACCUUGAUCAGCACCUUCAUGGGAAGGGUGUCCCAACCAUGGAUUGGGCUACCAGAAUUAAAAUCGCAUUAGGAGCAGCCAAAGGGCUUGCUUACCUGCAUGAAGAUUGUCACCCUCGCAUUAUCCACCGGGACAUUAAAGCUUCCAAUAUCCUACUUGACGAUAAUUUUGAAGCCAAGGUGGCGGAUUUCGGAUUGGCAAAGCUAACUCAAGACAACUAUACUCAUGUGUCUACUCGCGUCAUGGGAACAUUUGGGUAUUUGGCUCCUGAGUAUGCGUCAAGUGGCAAGCUAACUGAGAAAUCUGAUGUUUUCUCGUUUGGCGUUAUGCUGUUGGAACUGAUAACUGGAAGGCGUCCUGUGGAUCCCUCCGGGGACAUGGAGGACAGCUUAGUAGACUGGGCCAGACCAAUUUGUGCCCGAGCAAUGCAGGACGGGAACUAUGACGAGCUGGCAGACCGUCUUAUGGAGGACAAUUAUGUCCCCCAGGAAAUGGCACGCAUGGUGGCAUGUGCUGCUGCAAGCAUAAGGCAUUCUUCAAGAAGGCGACCCAAAAUGAGCCAGAUUGUACGUACCUUGGAAGGCGAUGCCUCACAUGAAGACUUGACUGAUGGAAUGAGAGGUAGCAGCAGUGGAUUCUUUGGCUCUAGUAGCUCUGAAUAUGAUGCUGGCUCAUACAGCGCAGACAUGAAGAAGAUUAAGAAGGUGGCACCGAACAAUAACAGCCAGGAAUAUGCGAGCAGUGAAUAUGGUGCAACAAGCGAGUAUGGGCUCAAUCCUUCCUCCUCAAGCAGCAGUGGUCGCUCUAGCAAGGCACAGUCACAGAUUAAACAUUAACUUUCAAAAUAAUAGACGAUAAAGUGUGAUCCUUUUGGAGUCCAGACUCUCCAAAAUUGGGGUUACCAGUAACAUGCUAUUCUUUGUCAAAAUGAUGGUAAAAUGUCAGAUACAUCGAAGGCUCUAACCAAUGUUCAAGACUUAACAUUCAGCAUUGCAUCAUGAGUCGUGCGGGUUUCGUAACUUCAGCUGUUUAUUAGUGAACUUGUUAGUGAAUACUGUUUACUUUACAUUGUCAUGUUUUGUUGCCAUGAUCAUUAAUGGAAUUGUUUGUUUGUGUCGACUACUGAUACUGAACCUUAUGUAAAACAAUGUAUUUGGAGGUAGCUUAUUUAUGUACUAAGAUAUAUAAGAUGAUUGAUAUAAAUGUGGUUUGGAAUU